CACGGCCGCACGCUUUUUUAAAUUUGACGGGAACAAUUUGCGCGCGCAAUGAAUCAGGCUCCCGUUUCCUGCAUUCCGACCCAAUCUAAAAUGUCGAAGGCGAAAAAGGUUCUUGAAGAAUCUCGGGAAAUUCAAAAUCCCGAGCUCGAUUUGGCAGAUAAAAAUGUUUCCACGUUCGAGGAGAUGCCUGGUUUAUUGAAUAUGACCUAUGUAACCAGACUUACCUUAAGCCACAACAAAAUAAAAGUUGUUCCACCUGGAUUAGCAAACUUAAUAAAUCUUGAGAUUCUUAAUUUUUCAAACAACCAAAUUGAAGAACUUCCAUUAUCUUUAUCGUCUAUGCCAAAAUUAAGAAUAUUGAAUCUGUCGAUUAACAGGCUGUUUACAUUACCUAGAGGUUUUGGAGCUUUUCCUGCCCUCGAAGUUUUGGAUUUAACUUACAACAACUUAAAAGAUGAUUCUUUACCAGGAAACUUCUUUAUGAUGGAAACAUUAAGAGCCUUAUAUUUGGGUGACAAUGACUUUGAACAUCUACCAGCUGAUAUCAAGAACUUAAAAAAUCUUCAAAUACUUGUUCUGAGAGAAAACGAUAUUGUAGAACUCCCAAGUGAAAUUGGGGAAUUGACUAGAUUAAGGGAGUUGCAUCUUCAAGGCAACAGGUUGACAAUUUUGCCCCCAGAACUUGGAAAUUUGGAUAUGGCAUCUCAGAAAGCUGUUUUUAAGUUUGAAGGAAAUGAAUGGGUUGAACAAAUUAAGGAUCAGUUGCAAUUGGGAGUAUCACAUCUGAUGGACUAUCUUAAAAGUGAUACUUACAGAAUGCUUUACAAGAGGUAUAUUACAAAUAAACCUCCCCCCCCACCUCCAUGUGUCGACAAAAGCAAGAAAAUAUCAAGAAUUCGUUAAUUUAACGGACUUUGUUUAACUUCAACGCUUUCUUGUGUGCCUUAUAACUGCCUUAAUGUAGAAAAAUUAAGAAAAUAAUAUCUAUACUAUGUAGUACCUAUUAAUUGUUUAAAUUUUAAUAUUUAUAUUUGUAUAUGUAUAAUUUUAUAACUAUC